AUAUUGGUUGAUGAUUAUUGACGAGAGUUAAAAUUGGUGAUGGACGAGUUGGAGUUAGAGGGAAAAAUAUGUUGUAUUAUUUUGCCAAGAAUUAGAUGGCUAAUGAAGCUGACUGUAUGUCUCUCUAUUAUUAUAAUAUGUGUGCUAGAAACGUGAAUUGUUAAGUGGUGGUUUUUGAUAUUAAAAGAGAGUAUUUGGAACACAGAAAGAAUGUGUUUGUAGUGGAGGUUGUUUAAGGAUAAGUUAUGGUAUAGGUUGCUAUUUGAUGAAGCGGUCUAGAAUUCAUUGUGAGUAAUGGUUGUGUUUGGAUGUGUGAUUAUCAUACGAUCUAGAUUGCAGUUCACUCCCUUUAGAAUAAUGUGUUAUCUUUGAGGGACAUUAUGUCAAGUAUAUAUGGUAGGAACUUUGUUAGCGAGUUGAUGGAAUUGUGUUUUUUGCUAAGAAUGAGAUGGUUAAUGAAGUUGAGUGUAUGUCUCUCUAUUAUCAUGAUUGGUGUGCUAAAAACGUGAAUUGUUAAGUAGUGGUCUUUGAUAUUAAAAGAGAGUUUGUGGAACACAAACAGAAUGUGUUCGUAGUGGAGGUGUUAUUGGAGGUUGUUUAAGGAUAAAUUAUGGUAUAGGUUGCUAUUUGGUGAAACGUUAUGGGAUUCAUUGUAAGUAAUGGUUGUGUAUGAAUGUGUGAGUAUCAUACGAUCUAGAUUGUAGUUCACAUACUUUGGAUAAUGUUUUUUUUAUCUUUGAGGGACAUUAUGGCAAGUAUUUAUGGUAGGAAUUUUGGCCCCUCAUGUUGUUUGAUGGUAGUUUAUGUAGUACAAUGUCAGAUUAUCUUAUCUUGAGGUUGUUGGAGUUUUGGAUGAUGUUUAACUUUGCGAGAGUUGAAAUUGGGGAUGGACAAGCUCUGAGUUGUGAUGAUAACAUAUGAUAACAUGUUCUAGGUGGUUAGAGAGUAUUUUGGGACAUUAAUGAUUCAAGAAUGAAUGAUAUAUUAAGGUGUAUUGUAUGGUCAUUGUGGAUUAUAGAUAUUGCGUUUUAUUUUUAUGAUUUUGUGGACCUUUUGCAAGUAGGGAAUGCUAAGACAUUUCAUUUGGAAAUAUGUUUUUUUGACCUUGAGAUUUCGAAGUAUCCUAUCUUUUAGCUUUUCAUAGAAUUGCAUUGUGGAAAGUGAGUUGUGAUUUUGGAUCUGAAUUGUCUAAAUUGUAAAUUCUAUGAUCAAUGUUGUGUUGAUGGAUUCUUUAAUUUCUUUUAAUGUCGAACAUGAUGCACUAUGGGUGUGAUUUGGUUUUCGUUGAUCGUAAUAAUGGCCAAUCUUGUGAGCGGACUAAGUAAUGCUUGAAUAAUCUCUUUGAGAGACCUGUUUAUAUGAUUUCCUUCUUUAAUACUCGGAUCUUGGAAAAGUAAUCAGUUCAUAUAGAUGAUUUCAUGAUAAUAUCAUCAAGGUUUUUUAUGGUGAAGUGUUUUGUAAUAGACUAGCCUAGGGAGAGGGGCACUUUUGGCAUUAUAAUAAUUAGUUAGAUUUUAGUAGUAGCUUGAAGAAUAAGCUAGGGAGUUAGGGAGUAAAUAUCUCUAUAAAUAGAAUGGAAUAGGGAGAGAGAAAGGAUGUUGAAUAUUGAGUAUAUUUUGGGUGAACUUUUAAGAGUUCAAUGGGAGAGAACAAGCCUCUCGAAAGCUUGUAAUUAUCAACUUGUUUUACUGUUUUUCAAGAGAACGAUCAAUCAAGUCCAUUUUACUUCUUAAUCUUCUUCUCUAAUCUGUCCUAGUGAUGUCAGUUCAUCACAAAUGGUAUCAGAGCAGUUCGUUCCAGGAGAUUAAGUGCUGAUUUUCGGUUUCAAAAAAAAAAAAAAAAAAAGAAAAAAAGAGAAAUCUGCAAUGGAGUUUGCUUCGCAGGAGACAAAGAAAUUCGCUGCAGAUUUGAAUGAGAUAAUCAGGAAAGGUUUUGAAAAAUUUCAACAAGACCUAACAAACGACCUCAAGAAAAUAAUUAGUGACGCUGUUACUCCACUCAAAAGGGAGUUGAAUCUUAUUCGAAAAGAGAUGGAGGAUGAAGAUACCCACAAAGAUUCAGAGGUGGAAGAGAACGAGGUGGUGAAAACAACCGAGCAAACAACCACCAAUGACUUUCAACAAUCAGGUGAAGAAGAAAUAGAAGCGGGAUCGGAGAAGGGUGCAUCAUGUGGUGGUCUAGAUGAUCGCUUAGGAGGACAAACCGGUGGAUGUCGAAACAUCAUCGCCCACAACCACAAUGGUGGAGAAGUUUUCGGAAAAGAGGGUGGAAGAAGAGAAUCUGGUGGAAGGCCCGGUGACUUCGCCGGAGGAUUUACCGGGGGAGGUAAUGGAGACUAUGUUGGUGGGUUGAAUGUUUGUGCGGGUGGUCUGAUUUUUGUUUGGGUUAAGAGAAGAAGAGGAGGAAGAGACGACAAAGACGGAUCUGUGGGAUGCGGGUCUGGUGGUGGCCCAGGCGGUGGACCUGGUGGUUCCUUGAGAAAUGGAAGCUACAGUGGUGGUGUAUUGGGUGGACGAGGAAAGUUCGUCCAAGAUAAUUCCAUCGCUAGUGUUUUGAGUGGUGGUUCGGUUGACCGUAGUGGUCGUGCCGGAGAUUUUGAUGGUGGUAAUCCACGGUGGAAAUUAUUAGGGAGCUUGCAUCAGAACUUUCGAGAGAGAGGGGAAGAAGUGUAUAGAAGAAGCUCCCUUGAAUCAGUAAUUGCCUUGGAGGAGAAGACUAUUCUAGAAGAUCUUCCUAGUAAGGGCAAUCUUGUAAAAGAAUUGAAGGAUGACAUCAUAAUUGAGGGUAAGGGUUGUGGUAACCACCCUCUGCAAGAGAGUAAUAUGUCACGUGGGAACAAGGAGAAACCAAAAAGGGACUCAAUUAAUAUGAGUGAGGUAAGUCCCACUUUUAACUUACCUACCCUUAUUGAAUCACCUGGGCAUUCUAGUUGUGAUUUGAAUGAGACUGGGCCAAUCUUUGGGCUUUGUGACUUUUUGCAACCCCAACUUUUAAAGCCUGAUUAUACAACCCAAUCUACAGCACCUAGCAGCCUCAUCCAUUCCCUUCCAAACCAACCCAACUCAGUUAGUAAUUACCCAGCUCAACCUUUAAAACAUAUCCUUCCUUAUUCUCCCACCCCACAUUUUGAUGGCUUACUUGAGAGAAACAAGCCAGGGCCCAAAUUUGAUCAUCCCUUUUCCAACCCCCCAUUCCUAUGUCCCAAUUGUUCUACCCACCUAUCCAGCCAACAAACUCAACUUGUAAACCAAGAAAUCCAAUCUGGUUUUCCCCACACAAGACUCAAUUAUCCAGCCCAGCUUACUAAACCAAAAAAUCCUACAAUCCAACCACUCACUUCAUGGUUCGUUCAGUCUGCCAAAUCCUCUACUACUCCCAUCAAAGCUACUGAAUUUUUCUGCCAUCCCAAUUCAAAUUCUACCCACUUCAGUCAUAACCAGACAUCUUCCCUGGAUAAGCUGCUGAGCUUUUCUGCCAUGGGCAAGCUAAGUAUGCAACUGAAAUCAACGCUGGGCAGAAAGGAGAUGAAACAACACUGUAAACAGUUCUCCUCAGAAGGCAGUAACCACUAUUUUCGAGGUCGGACCUGUAGUGCAAAUUACUAUCCACCUUGAGGACAAGGUGAAUGUUGGGCGGCCGGUAUUGUAAUAGACUAGCCUAGGGAGAGGGGCACUUUUGGCAUUAUAAUAAUUAGUUAGAUUUUAGUAGUAGCUUGAAGAAUAAGCUAGGGAGUUAGGGAGUAAAUAUCUCUAUAAAUAGAAUGGAAUAGGGAGAGAGAAAGGAUGUUGAAUAUUGAGUAUAUUUUGGGUGAACUUUUAAGAGUUCAAUGGGAGAGAACAAGCCUCUCGAAAGCUUGUAAUUAUCAACUUGUUUUACUGUUUUUCAAGAGAACGAUCAAUCAAGUCCAUUUUACUUCUUAAUCUUCUUCUCUAAUCUGUCCUAGUGAUGUCAGUUCAUCACAUGUUUUUCCCAAGUUUGGCAUGUCCAUGGGAAUUUGUAUGUGUGUGUGUUAGUGAUAAAUUUGUAUAUAAAUUUGUGUAUUUUUUUUAGAAUAGUUGGAUAAUGAAGGGAGUGUAUAGCUCUCUAUUAUCAUGAUUUGUGUGUUAGAUUGUGGAAUGUUAAGAGUUGGUCUUUAUAACAAAUUUGUAACAUUGUAUUUGAAGAGGAAGUUUGUGGAAAACAAAAGGUAUGUGCUCUUAGUGGAGCUAUUAUCUCAAGGGAUAAAUUAUUAUGAAGGAAGCUAUUUGGUUAAACGAUGUACGCUUGGUAGUAUAUGAAAGGUACUCUAUGAUUGUUGUAAGAUCUAGAUCGUGGUUCACAUACUCUGGAAUAAUGAGUUAUCGUUGAGGGAUUUUGUGGGAAUGUUAAUGGUAACAACUUUGGCUCCUCAUGUGUUUGAUGGUAGUUUAUGUAGUAUGUUUUGGGAUAUCUUGAGUUUGUUGGAUGUUGGGUGUCCUGAUUAACUUGGCGAGACUUAAAGUUGUUGAUGGACGGGCCGGACUUGAGAUAUUUGUUUUGAUUAUGGAGUGUUCCGAGACAUUAAUGAUUCAAGCAUAAAUGAUAUAUGAUGGCCAUUGUGGUUAUUGAUAUUGUGCGUAGCUCUCUAUUUUUAUGAUUGGAUUGGCCUUUUGCAAUUGGGCAAUGGUGUGAUAAACUCCUAAGAAAAUAUGUUUGCUUCGAAGUACAAUAUCUUUUGGGUUUUGAUAGAAUCCUAUUGUGAAUAGUGAGUUGCGAUUUUGAAUUUGAAUUGUGACAUUAGUUGUGUUGAUGGAACGUAGGAUGUGAAGUGUGUAGUUUAAGGAACUUCGUAGAGUUAAUUAUUUAGAAGGCUAAAUGGAUUCUUUGUUGAAUAGUGGAUACACUUCCUUUAUUUUGUUUUAGUGUCAAUCAUGAUGUAUUAUGGGUCUAUUGUGCUCUUCGUUGAUCUUGAAAAUGGACUAUUCUAUGUUGUGGAAUGUUGGGAUAAUGUCUCUGAGACACUUGUUCUUUAACAUUAGGAUUUUGGAAAACUAAGUAGCUCAUAUAGAUGGUAUCAUGAGGGCAUUUUCUGCCGGGGUUGCUCUUUUCCAGUUUGGCUUGUUGAGGUCCUUGGGAAUGUUUACAUCUGUUAGUGAGUUGAUGGAAUUGUAUAUUUUUCUGAGAAUUUUCAUCAAAUAUUCGACUCUUUCACGGAUUCUCGGGUUCAGAUACCCACUUAUUCGCUGUUUGUUUACUGGCUUCAUAUAAUUCCGAAAACACUAGUUUUCUCGAAGCCUCUUGUUCAUAUCUCUCAUCGGAAGGUGCUAGUCGAUAAUGUCUAUCUAGCAGACUCCCCGCUAAAUCAGAUGGCUAAUGAAGCGGGUGGGUUUCUCUAUUAUUAUGAUCUGUAUAUUAGAGACGUGGAUUGUUAACUGGUGGUCUUUGAUAUGAAUAGAGAAUGUUCUUGGAAAUCAAUUAAUGGAGCUGUUAUCUCUAGGUUGUUUAAGGAUAAAUGAUUGUGAAGGAAGAUAUUUGGUGAAAUGUUCUUUGCUUCAUUUUCAGUAAUGGUUGUGUUUAAAAGGCCCUCUAUGAUUAUUAUAAGAUCUAGAUUGUGGCUCCUCAAGUUAUUUAAUGGUAGUUUAUGUAGUAUAAUGCUGGGUUAUCUUGGGGUUGUUAAGAUGAUGACUAUGUUGACGAGGGUCAAAGUUGCCGACGGACGAGCUCGAGUUGUGAUGAUGAUGAUGAUAUAUAUUUAUAUAUAUAACAUGGUCUAGGUGGUUGUGGAGCAUUUUGGGACAUUAAUGAUUCAAGCGUAAAUGGUGUAUGGUUAUUGUGGGUUAUCGAUAUUGUGCGUAUGCUCUCUAUUUUCAUGAAUGAAUGGACUUUUUGCAUUUGGGAAAUGUUGAGAUAAACUCUUUGGUAACUAUAUCUAUCUUUUGGCUUUGUGUGGAAUUCUAUUGUGAGUUGUGUUUUGUGUCAGAAUUGUCGGAAUUGUGAAUUCAAUGAUAAAUGAAUUUAGUUGUACUCACGAAGCAUAGGAUAUGAAGUGUUGAGUUAUUGAAAAGCUUCGCAGAGCUAGUGGUUAGGAAGGCUAAAUGGAUAUUUUGUGGAACACUGGAUAUAUAUAGUUUAUUUAUUUUGUCUUAAUGUCAAACAUGAUGUAUUAUGGGUUAGUUCUGGUCCUUUUGGACAAUCUUCUGGCAGACUUGAGGAAUGUUGGGAUAAUCUCUCUGGAGAGACCUCUUUAAAUGAUUUUAUUUUUGAACAUUAGGAUCUUGGAAAACUAAGCAGUUCAUAUAGAUGGUAUCAGGCAUGUUGUGGGUGUAUGUCAAUCUAUCACCGUGAUCCGUGUGCUGGUAGAAUAUGGAAUAUCAUGAGUUGGUUUUUGAUGUUAAAAGAGAGUUUUUGAAAAAAAAAAAGAAAUAUGUUAUAAAAUUUUAAUGGAGUUGUUAUCUCGAGGUUGUUCGAGGAUAAAAUAAUGUAACGGAAGCUAUUUGGUGAACCGGGCUUGGAUUUAUUGUAAGUAAUGGUUUUGUUUGAUAAAUCUUGCAAAUAUUUAUGGUGGGGACUUCGGCUCCUCAUGUGGUUCGAGUAGUUUAUGUGGUAAAGUGUCGUAUUAUCUUGAGGUUGUUGGAUGCUGGAUGAUGAUUAAGUGGGCAAGAGUUGAAGUUAGUGAUGGAUGAGUUGUAGUUCAGAUGAUAAUGUUUUAGGUAUCUAUGGAGCGUUACUUGAUAAUGAUAAUGAGUUGUAGUGAUGGACAUUAAUUGAUUCACGCAUAAAUGAUAUAUAAAUUCAUUGUGGGUUAUCCAUAUUGUGCGUAUGCUUUCUAUUUUUAUAAUUGAGGAAUUCUAAGAUAAACUCUUUGGGAAAUUUGUUUGUUUUGAUUUUGAGACUUGGAAAUAUAUCCAUCUUUUGGCUUUUAUGAUUGAAUUUUGAUGGUGGUUCAUAUUUGCUUAUAGGAUUUUGUACAUGUAAGCUUGUUGGUAAGAAACGAGGACCGGUGAAAAAGUUUUUUUCUUUUUUAGCUGAAUAUGAUGAGUUUGAUGGGCUAUAUUUAGGGUAUGAUUGGAUUCAGGUGUAGUGAAUUGUGUUGUUAUAGAUCAUUUUGCAGAGUUAAUGAUUCUAAAGUUAUAUUGAAAUUUGGGAACUUUGGGUGUA